GAAGGAGGAAGAGUUUCAGGCGUGUGUUAGUGAAGGAGGAAGCAACUCUGUUACAAACUCUCUCUCUCUUGCUCGCCACAAAUUUCUGUUGUUUGUUCUUCAGAUUUCACACGUUUGAUCUGUUUCUUACUGCGAGAAUUUUCAUUUCUCUGUUGGUUUGUGGAAGAUUGGGGCAAAUUCUUUUGUCGUAUUGUUUGGGGAUUUUGCACCAAGAUUGUAAGAAUUACUGAAUUGUUCCUUCUUUUUCGUCCUCAAUUUGUGAUUUACGGGAAGGAUUUGAUUAAUUGUUGAAGAAUCGGAGUGAGGUUUGUUCGGAAUCUCAGUUCUGUGUUCAUAACAGCGAAGCGAAUUUGAGUUUGGUAGUUCACUGAAGUUUCUUCGGCUGCGAUUGUCAAUUUCGACGGUCAACUUUCGAUUUAGGAUAAAAGGAGUUUUUGUUGUUUUAAGGUUUUUUGUUUUCCCCAAUUUGUGUGAUGUUCAUCGGAGGGUGAUUGAUUGCUGUUCAUCUGGUUUGUUCAAUUCAUUUAUCUGUGAGGAUUUUGAUUGAGAAUCAUUAAGGAUUUUUGGUUUGGAUUAUGAAUAGAGGAAUGGAUUCAGUGAUAGAACCAAUGAGGAACGUUGAGAAGUGUUUAGAUUCUCAGCUAUGGCAUGCUUGUGCUGGUGGGAUGGUUCAAAUGCCUUCUGUUAACUCUAAGGUAGUCUACUUUCCCCAGGGCCACGCCGAGCAUGCUCAGGGGAAUGUCGAUUUUGGGAACGCUCGGAUUCCUUCACUCAUUCCUUGUAGGGUGUCUGCUACUAAAUAUAUGGCAGAUCUUGAAACGGAUGAGAUUUUUGCUAAGAUAAGUUUGCUUCCAUUGAGGAACAAUGAAUUCAAUUUGGAUGACGACGACGAGCUUCUUGGACACGAUGAUAUUAGGAACCAGGAGAAACCGUCUUCCUUUGCCAAGACAUUGACGCAAUCUGAUGCGAACAAUGGUGGAGGAUUCUCUGUUCCUCGCUAUUGUGCCGAGACUAUCUUUCCUCCGUUGGAUUACUCGGCAGAACCUCCUGUUCAGACCAUUCUUGCCAAGGAUGUUCAUGGAGAGAUUUGGAAGUUUAGACAUAUAUACAGAGGGACUCCCCGUCGCCAUCUUUUGACGACGGGGUGGAGUAAUUUUGUGAAUCAGAAGAAGCUUGUUGCAGGGGACUCGAUUGUUUUCCUCCGGGCUGAAACGGGUGAUCUUUGUGUCGGAGUUAGGCGAGCCAAGAGGGGAAUUGGUUGCGGAAUUGAUUACUCACCUGGGUGGAACCCUGCAAAUUCAGGCUCUUCACUUAUGGGGUAUUCUGAUUUCAUGAGGGAAAAUGAAGGUAGAAUGGUAAGACGACACUCAAACGGGAACCUUAACGGGAGAGUGAAGGUUGAAUCCGUCAUCGAAGCUGCAACGCUUGCUGCCAGUGGCAAGCGCUUCGAGAUUGUGUACUACCCAUGUGCUGGCACUCCAGAAUUUGUUGUUAGGGCCUCUACUGUAAGAUCUGCCAUGCAAAUUCAUUGGUAUUCUGCUAUGAGAUUUAAGAUGCCUUUUGAAACCGAGGAUUCGUCUCGGAUAAGCUGGUUUAUGGGAACGAUAUCUUCGAUCCAGGUUGCCGAUCCUGUUCGGUGGCCUGAUUCUCCAUGGCGAAUGCUGCAGGUGUCAUGGGAUGAGCCAGAUUUACUACAAAAUGUGAAGAGUGUUAACCCCUGGUUGGUUGAAGUGGUAGUAAACAUGCCAGCAAUCCAUGUCUCCCCCUUCUUGCCACCAAGAAAGAAGCCACGUUAUCCGCUUCCGGCCGAAACUGCUGUAUUUGGUCACCUUCCGAUGCCAUCGUUUUCGACUAAUUUCUUCGAAGCAACCAACCCGUUUCAAAGCAUUACGGCGAGCAACAUUCCUGCAGGCAUACAGGGAGCCAGGCAUACUCAAUUUGGACUCUCUUCAUCCAACCUCCAAAUCAGCAUACCGCCUUUGGGACAGUUUCCCGCCAGUCUUAAGCACCUUGAAGGUGCCACUCCGAUCCCUGUCGUCCGUGGCGAGGAUAGCUUCGGAGGCACGAAAAGCCCUGAUAAUCAAUCUCAUUGGCUAACAGUGGGAAAUCAUAUCCAAAGCUCAAAAGAAAGCAAAGAAACAAAACCAGAUCAUAUCAUAUUGUUUGGCCAACUCAUUCUUCCUAAUCAACAGAGUUCUAACAGCUCCUCUGGCGAUACGACGAACGCAUCCGAUGCAAAUCUAGAGAAAGCGUCGAAUCUUUCUGAUGGUUCUGGCUUGUCAUCACAGCAGAACGGUUCACUGGACAAUUCAUCAGAUGGAGGGUCUACGUCAUACAACGGUCCAAACAAAACUGGUCUAAGCUUGGACAUUGGUCAUUGCGAGGUGUUUAUGGAGUUGGAGAAUGUCAGUCACACACUCGACCUGUCGGUCCUUGGAUCGUACGAAGAAUUGUAUAGAAAGCUCGGCAACAUGUUUAGCGUAGGACGGUCAGAGAUGCUGAAUUCUGUUCUUUAUCAGGAUGCUCUUGGUGCUACAAAGCAAGCUGGAGAUGAGCCUUUCAGCAAGUUUAUGAGGACAGCACGAAGACUAACCAUACUCGCAAAUUCUCGAAGCAGAUUCUCGAAGAAACGACAAUAUUAGAAUGUCGGGAAAGGGAAAUUCUUUCCUACAUUGUACAGUUGAACCAUAUGUUCUGUUUGGUGUUUCUUUUUUGGCUAUUCAUUUGUUGCCUAUGGGAAAGCCCAAAUUUUGAUCAGUUGCAGCUUGAUAUGCAGCUCAGCUGCUGCUCUGCUCCUUUGUUUUAACCCAGACAAGAACUGGUCUUGUUUUUUUUAUUGUUGAAAACUCCAUAUUUUCUAGUAAUGAUUCUCCUUUUUGGUGCUCCCCAUA